AACAAGAACCAUGUCGUGACAAUAUUGGAUGGCUGUGACUUCGAUACAGAAAUAGGAAUUGGAGAACUCCAUGAUCAAUGCCUCAUAAGUGUUGACGAAGGAAACAACCUAAUAAUGCAUGAUUUGAUUCGAGAUACCGGCAGAGAAAUCGUACGUGAAAACUCCCCUAACAUCACUGGAAAACGUAGUAGAUUGUGGGAUCCUGAAGAUAUAAAAGACGUAUUGAGGAGCAAAUCUGGAACAGAGAAAAUUGAAGGGCUCACUUUAGAUUUGCAAGAAUCUCAGCAGGAUAGCUUCGGUGCAGAAGCAUUAGAAGGGAUGCAGGGACUAAGAUUGCUCAAACUCAAAGGUGUAAAUUUCGAAGGACACUGCAAACAUCUUUCCAAAAAGUUAAGUUUGUUGUGUUGGCCUAAAUGUCCUCUAAAAUCCAUGCCACAAGAUUUCAAUCAAUCAAACAUGGUUGAUAUCGACCUGAGUCAUAGCCGCAUAGAAGUUUGGAAGGAUUCGGACGUGGCACUUGAGAAGUUGAAGUUUCUUAAUCUUGGUGGUUGCAAUCGCCUGAAAAGAUUUCCGGACUUUUCAAAACUCCCAAAUCUCGAGAAACUGGUACUCCAAGACUGUAAGAGUUUGUCAAAGAUUCAACAUUCCAUAGUACAACUGAAAAACCUUGAAUACUUAUACCUUGCGGACUGCAAAUUAGCUGAUAGAGCAAUUCCUGAAGAUCUUGGGGGUCUAUCUUCUUUGAGAGUUUUAGAUUUAAGAGGAAAUGCUUUUAAGGGGCUGCCAACCCUCAGCCACCUUUCCAAGCUUCAAACUUUACAAUUGUCUAAUUGCUCAAAGCUUCUGGCAAUCCCGGAUUUACCAACUAAUUUGGAAAUCCUGCAAGCAGAUGAGUGCAUUGCAUUGGAAAAAAUGCCAAAUUUUUCAGAAAUGUUGCGCAUGAGAGAAUUUCAUCUUAAUCACUCCCCCAAGCUUACUGAGAUUAUUGGCUUGGAGAAGUCAUUAUACUCCAUGACAAGAAUUCAUAUGGAAGGGUGCACCAAUCUCACUGCCGCUUUUAAGGAAGCAAUCAUACAGGGAUGGAGUGCAAAUGGAAAUGGUGGCCUUUUUCUUCCUGUAAAUGAUUCUCCUUCAUUGUCUAGGCGUGUCGACCCUAUGGGUGAAAUAACUUCUUGUCUCCCAAUCCCAAAGUUUGUGUUGUGAUUUAAAAGUAUUGACUGUUCGUAUUAUUUAUUCUUGAGACGACUUCAAAUCUGGUUAUUAUCUUUGCAUUUGUGUUUUCAAUUGUAAGUUGUAACCAGUGCAUGGAAUUUAUUAUCCGUGCAUUGAAAAUAGGCAUGGACACGAAUCGAUUUUAUUCGA